CGAAGCGUUUUCGUUCAUCACAACAACAACACAACAACAGCAUGGCGACGACGAUGAGGAGGAAGAAGGACGUGCCAGCGCAGACGCAGACGCAGACGCAGCCGCAGCCGCAGCAAGGGGCCGACAAGGUUGCUGGAGCGGGCGCAAGGACACCAAACAGGGCCAGCAGUAGUGGGAGUGGCAAUGGCCGGGCUGUGUGCAUGAUUGCGUUGGUGCUUGUUACAACUGUAAUUGGGGCUGCGGUUGUCUUCUCGUCCGAGAGCACCGGUGCAUCCGUAGCCACGUGGCUGCGGCCCUUCUCCACGAGUUCGCUGCUUCCGCACCCUCCCCAUUCACAACAACAGCAGCAGCAGCAGCAGCGGCAGCAGCAGCGGCAGCACGUGCACACGACUUUGGGUGAAGCUGAGCAACAACAACGACAACGAAAAGAAGAUCAGCAGCCACGGCAACAGCAACAGCAGCAAGAAGAAGAGGAAGAGCCAGCGCAAGCACAAGCACAAGAAACAAAAGGGCGCACCAAGUCACCGACGGCCACGUCUGACACGUGUGACUUUACGUUCACGGACGAGUGCGAGGUGUGCGGUGCUGUGGACGACUGCCUGUGCACGGUGGAGGCUGUGAACGCGUUCAACACGGAGCACUUCUUCCCCAAGCUGCGUGCGCUGGUGGCACGGCCGUUCUUCAAGUUCUUCUACGUCAACCUGCACGGCCCCUGCACCGUGUGGGGCGAUGACGACAGCCUGUGCACGUCGCCCAACUGCGCGGUGCAGGCGUGCGAAGACACGACGCCGUUUACCUCGUUCGAGACGGAGCCGGCGGUGGUGUCGUACGCCAACUACAGCUGCCUGGACCUGAACGCCAUCAACGACACGGUGACGGCGCGGCAGCUGUCUGUGCUGCAAGGGGAGCAGCGCCGCGACAUGCUUGAUCGCAGCAACUUCUGCGUCGCCGACGAGCUUGUGUAUCCACAGGAGGAGAUGCAGUGGGUGAACCUGCUGGACAACCCGGAGCGGUUCACGGGGUACAGCGGCCCCGCGGCGCGGCGCAUCUGGGAUACCGUCUACAGCAGCAACUGCUUCCAGGCGCAGAGCAACCACGACAACUUCUUCCACGACUUGGUCGGUGGCCCGGGUAUGAACGUGGACAUGGAUAUGGACAUGAACGUGGACAUGGAUAUGGACAUGGACAUUGAGGCGGGCGCUGGUGUUGACACGAGCGCGGGUGCGAGUGGCAGUGGCAACAGCCGCUACGAUGUGGACAUGGACUCGCUGUGUCUGGAGGAGCGCUUCUUCUAUCGGCUUCUCUCCGGGGUGCACGCGUCCAUCAGCGUGCAUCUGUCGUACAAGUGGCUGGACCAGCAGACGGGGGAGUUUCGACCGAACAUCACCGAAUUCCGUCGGCGCUUCAGCGACAGCACGACGGGCGGGCAGGGCACGCGCUGGCUGAAGAACCUGUACUUCACCUACCUAACAGUGCUCAAGGCCAUUGUCAAGGCGGAGAACCUGUGGCGGUCGUACCCGUUCCCGUCGGGCGACGCUGCGGAUGACGCGACCACCAAGGCGGCUGUUCUGGAGCUUGUGGACCAAGCCAAGCUGUACUGUGAUAUGGCUGUGGAUGAGGAGGUGUUGUUCCAGACACCAGACCGCAAGGAUGUGCUGGAGGAGAUGCGUGAGCACCUUCGCCAGAUUACCGAGAUUAUGAACUGCGUCGGCUGUCACAAGUGCCGUCUCUGGGGCAAACUACAGACGCGAGGGCUGGCGACGGCGGUGCGCUUGUUGCUGGGGAACAAGAUUAGCUCGGAUCAGGUUGCGUUUGAGCUCGGCCGCAACGACAUUGUGGCGCUGUUCAAUCUGUGGGAGCGGUUGGCCUCCAGCAUCACAUACAUGCACGAGUUUCAGGCCUUUCGACCCACCCAGGAAGACAACUCGCACACCAGCACAUGAUCGGCACAUUGUCCUCCUCGACACACACACACUACACAGCGACACACACACACAUGCACGCCACACAGCGACACACACACACACACACACCACACAGCACCACACAGCACCACACACCCACACCCACACAUACACACACACACACAUACACACACACACACACACACACAGAGCACACAGAGCACACGACACACGACACACAAAACCACACACAACACCACGACACACGACACACAAAACCACACCUGGCAACACCACACUUUUGCC